CUUUGAGGUCGCCUUGCUGCUGGAUGAAUAAUGAGGAGUGGUCUUUGGAGUCGCCUUGCUGCUGAAUGAAUAGUGAGGAGUGAUCACUGAUGUUGCCAUGGUGUACUUCAUAUUAGUAACAUACACAGGGCCUGUCCCACUAUGUUUCUUGUCUUGUCCAUUUUGGCCGACAUCCUCAUUGCGUCCCUUUCCAUGAUGGCCAUUAUCUUGGCCACUAUCCCCAUUACCAUUACCAUGACUACUGUUGCUCUUAUUGUAUUUGUCACCAUUGUUAUGGCCACUGUCGUUUAUACGGCCAUUCUUGCCGCCGUCAUUGCGAUUAACAUUAUGGCCACCAUUUUGGUUUUCAUUGCGUAGAACCAGAUCUCCAGUGUGUGUAUAUGCCUCUUCUACACUGGACUCCCCAACAACAAUCCCCGGAAUAGUUGCAGUGGUAUGAGUCACAGAAAUAAUAAUCGCCGCUAUAAGCCCG